AUGUCGAACUCCGCCAGCUACAAGCAACGAAAGGAGGACUUUGUGUCCAAUCUCUCUGGCGGCUCUGUCGUAGAAAUCAACUAUGUUACAUCCGUUGCGGCUGUAGCCAUCAUAUUGUGGUCCGUCCUCCAAGCCCGCCAGUCCUUCUUUGAACCGUAUACCGUCCUCGCAUUAGCCGUCGAUUUCUUCCUCAAUGUCGGCGCUAUCCUUCUGUCCAUGACUCUAUACUCCAAGUCGCCACUUCUGCUCAAUCUCCUCCUUAUUGCGCCUGCCGCUCUCAUCUUCACUUUACCGCCCCAUUCUAUAGGCCGGAAGAAGAAGACCAGGGUACCGCCAAAUGCUCGGUCCAAGGGGAGCUCUGGGCAGCUGGAUGUCCUGUCGACGAAGCCUUUCCUCACAAAUUUCCGGGGUUGCAUGAUGAUUGCCACCUGCGUGGCAAUCCUGGCUGUUGAUUUCCGACUGUUUCCCAGGCGCUUUGCCAAAGUCGAAACAUGGGGCACUUCUCUCAUGGAUCUUGGUGUUGGAUCAUUUGUCUUCUCAGCUGGUCUUGUAGCAGCUCGCCAUGUGUUGCGGGAGAAAACGAUAGGUCGCACAACAGGUCGGGCUACACCCCUUUCCUACCGGAUCGUGCGUUCGCUACGCCAUUCCAUCCCGCUAUUGGUCCUGGGCUUUAUAAGGUUCCUGAGCAUCAGGGGUUUGGACUAUGCCGAACAUGUGACGGAAUACGGCGUCCACUGGAACUUCUUCUUCACUCUCGGAUUUCUACCUCCUUUUGUGGCUAUCUUCCAAUCAGCGCUCAAGUGGAUUCCCUCAUUUGCCGCCCUGUCGUUGUUGGUUGGCGUCACAUAUCAAAUUGUGCUUGAAACCACUGACCUCAAAGCCUAUGUCCUAACGGCGCCCAGAACCGACCUGAUUAGCAUGAACCGUGAAGGAAUUUUUAGUUUCAUCGGGUACCUGGCAAUCUUCCUUGCGGGACAGGACACGGGCAUGUUUGUCAUUCCUCGUAACAUCCCACCCAAGAGCACUGCUAGUCCAGGGGCUCAAAGAAACACACUCUUGAUGACCAUGGCUGUAUGGGGUGGCGUUUGGACUGGUCUCUAUCUCCUGGCCACGAAUUACCACUAUGGUUUCGGGCUGGCAGUGUCUCGUCGCAUGGCUAACCUUCCGUAUGUUCUUUGGAUCGUUGCAUUCAAUACCCUGCAAGUUUUUGGGUUUGCAGUCAUUGACACGAUAUUCUUCCCUGCGUUCUACAAUGCGCAGGAUGCAAAGACCGAAAAGGAGGCUUAUAUGCAGGCUACUAGCCGUGUGAUGAGGGCUUAUAAUCGUAACGGGUUGGCCAUCUUCUUGGUGGCCAACCUGUUAACCGGCUUGGUCAACAUGACAGUCAACACACUAGAUGCUACUCCGGUUUUGACGAUGGGAAUCAUGGUCGCAUACACUUUGACUAUUACGGUCUUUGCGGUGGUGCUGGAUGCUUAUAAUAUCAGCAUCAAGCUUUGA